AUGUCCGACUCGGCUAUCGGGGAGUCGUCUUUCACCACUGAGACCAAGACCGAUCCCCUUAGCGAGAGGUAUGCAUCGGCUGUGAGGAUUCUAGACGAGAGACGACGCGCUGCGCUGAAGGAGAUCGAUGAGGCCAAGUUCUCAUGGUGGCACGCGAAAGUCUGUGUCGUCGCUGGGAUUGGAUUUUUCACCGAUGCGUAUGAUAUAUUCGCUAUCAACAUAGCGUCUUCAAUGCUGGGUUAUGUCUAUGGUGAUCCCACCAGCCUCCAGCUAACCCCAAACCAAGAACUCGGAAUCAAGGUCGCAACACCGGUUGGCACAUUCGUUGGCCAGUUGGUGUUUGGAUGGCUGGCCGACAUACUUGGUCGUAAGAGGAUGUAUGGCGUCGAACUGACCAUCAUGAUCAUCACGACGUUUGGUCAGACAUUGGCAGGGGGCGGCCCUUCUCUCAACUUCUUUGGGGUCCUUAUCUUCUGGCGGUUUCUGCUUGGAGUUGGCGUCGGUGGGGAUUACCCGCUCAGCGCAGUGAUCUCGUCUGAGUUCGCUUCAACCCACAUACGGGGUCGCAUGAUGACGAGCGUUUUUGCUUGUCAAGGCUGGGGAAACCUGGCCGCUUGUCUGGUUGCUUUCGUUAUUGUUACAGCCUACAAGUCCACUCUCCUUAACGACCCCUCUCCAAAUUUCGAGUCAAUAGAUGCGCAGUGGCGGCUCCUGAUAGGGCUUGGCUGUGUUCCCGGAGUCAUUGCCUUGUACUUUCGAUUGACUAUCCCUGAAACACCCCGGUUCACCCUGGACGUCGAACGAAACAUCCGCCGUGGCGCAGUCGACAUCCAGAAGCUGGUUGAGAACAGAAACAUACUUCAUGGAGACAACCCUGAUGUACCAACGCAACAAUUCGACGGGCCAAAGGCUGGCUGGCAAGACUUUUGGUCAUACUUCUCUCAGUGGAAGAACCUGAGGAUUCUAUUCGGAUCUGCAUACUCCUGGUUUGCGCUAGACGUCGCUUACUACGGUCUUGGUUUCAACUCAGGGAGCAUCCUUCAAGCUAUAGCUUUUGGGUCCAUCAACGGCACAGAUGCUCCAUCGACCGCCCCUCAGGUUAGGGCCUUCGAGAACCUCAAGCACAUCUGCGUGGGGAACUUGAUCCUGUCUGCAGGUGGCCUGAUUCCUGGAUACUGGGUCUGCUUCCUUUUCAUCGACAAGUGGGGUCGCAAACCGAUUCAGUUGAUGGGUUUCAUUGCACUCACGAUUAUUUUCACCAUCAUGGGAUUUGCAUAUGACAAGUUGAUCGCCAACGUCGAUUCCACCAAAGCCUUCAUUUUUCUCUAUUGUCUGGCCAAUUUCUUCUCGAAUUUCGGCCCGAAUACGACCACAUUUUUGAUACCCGGCGAAGUAUUCCCCACUCGAUACCGGAGCACCGCCCAUGGUAUCUCGGCGGCGAGCGGGAAGCUGGGGGCUAUUAUUGCGCAGGUUGCGUUUGUGUGGCUCAAAGACGUAGGAGGGAAAGAUCAGUUCAUUAAGCAUAUAUUCGAGAUCUUCGCCUUCUUCAUGUUGACUGGGAUUUUCUCGACUCUGCUCCUACCAGAGACGAGGAACAGGACGCUGGAAUUCUUAUCCAAUGAAAUUUGA